AUGGGCUGGACAGCUUCUAUGCGUCUCAACCUUUUGCCUUCCAGCACCCCCGACAUCAAACGAACAGGUCCCAAGAGCUCUACACCUCCACCCACAACAGUAAAACAUUCUCCAUGGCUAGGUGACAAAGCUGUCGAACUGUCUUCUUCAAACUAUCUUCAAGUACCAGCUACUCUCAAACUUGCCCCAGCUCAUCUAUCUCGCUCUGCGUCUUCUCUUAUUUCAUCUGGUCUUCACACUCGCUCAUCGUCGUUAUCUUUGCUGUCUUCACCUGAUCAUGGUAUCACCUCUAGUGUUAGUUAUGACUUUGGUAUUGUCGCACACAAAAAUGACAAGAUACGGAUUCGCGAACUUGAGCAACAGUUGUCCUACAAGAUACGAGAAAUCGAGGCCCUUCAAGCCAAGUUAGUUGCACUCAAAAGUCAAUGCAAAAUCGAGACCCAACAGGCUGACAAUGCUAGUAAAGCUAAACAGCACCUUGAGUCUGAAUUAGAAGAUCUUUCCCGAUGUUUGUUUGAACAAGCUAAUGCCAUGGUUGCAUGUGAGAGGCGAGAAAGGGAUGCAGCUGAACAACGUACACGACAGGUGACGCAUGAGCUAGGGCUGGUUCGCGAACAACUAGACCAUGAACAUACGCAACUAAGUGAACUGCGCCAUCGACUAGAAAAUGAAUCUAGUCAUCCAUCCUCAGAUAUCAACCAACCUUCUUUAGGGCACUUAAUACCAAUUCCUCGUGCCUUGAGUGUAUUCGAAGCAUUCUUGAGCCAGUUGGCCACUACACCCAUGGAUCAGAUCAACCGUCUGUAUUUUAUAAAACAAUGUGUGGAACGAGAUAUUGAGCCUUGCCUUCGGCUAGGACCUAAAUCUCGUUUGUCUGUACGUCGACUACUGGAUACAAUUGUACACCAACCGUGUUUUAUUGAACGACAUGAUAGGCUCUUGUAUCAAACUCAACAAAACGACCAUCGUACUUCGUUCAGCAUUAGUAACGGUACUUCUACUCUAGGCCGAAAAAAGUCAGUUUCUCGGCAAUCAGUAGAGAUGUUCCAUUGCUUUGGAUGUGGAUUGGAAAUCAAAUUGACUGGCAGUGUUGUUGGUUGUAGUAGCAGUAGUAAAGAUGUAUUUAGGUUCCGGUUGCGGGACCAAGAUCAAGAGUGGCAGUGGUUGGACCGUGCGUGCCGAGAUCGUUUGGUGGCUGUGUGUGAUUUCUAUGUGUUUGUACGCCACUUACGACUGGGUUUGCAUGGACCACGUCCUAUCCAAAGUCUUUUCGAAGAAUCAGUCUGGUUAAGGUUAGGGAUGUUCUGGGCAAGAUCCGGUCUGGCGCUUUCUGAUCAAGAAAGACAGUAUGGAUGUCCACCCGCUUUGAUGCGACAAGAUUCAAGUUUUAUUGACGUGGUUCUAAAAGAGGAUUGUCAAAAACUGUUGCUUGAUGCUAUUGGAUCAAGUCCAAUAGCCGUGAGACAUACAACUACAACAAUGCAUCUCUCUGACAUCUUUAUUUUCUUCGUCGUUACUCUCACUCUCUUUUCUCCUGUAUUGGCUGCACUCGGAGAUCCAGACGCUGGAUUGAUUUUACACGGUGACGACUCAAAGAGUUCGGGCGUAUUGGGUGCUGACCACAAAUGCACCACAUUUUCCAACACUUUUACAACCAAAAAGGUCGAAAACAAAGGCAGCACACACUGUGCACUCUGGACCGAGAGAAACUGUCAAGGUUCUCUUUACAUUGUCCCAGCUCAUUAUACAAUUGAUAUGCCUAGUGCAAACAUCGAGUCUAUUGUCUGUUAA